GCCCGAAGUUUGAGCGACCGAGCCAAAGGGGGAAGCAAAAUGGCGGAACUCGAAGAUGUUACGCUAGAUGGGAAACCGCUUCAUUCGCUCCGUGUGGCGGAUUUAAAAGCUGCCUUGGAACAACGAGGGCUGGCCAAAAGUGGGCAGAAAAAUGCGCUCAUCAAGCGACUAAAAGGGGCACUCAUGUUGGAGAGCCUGCAGCGAACCUCCACCUCUCACCCCGGCCUGCAGCCCAACUCGCAGAUAGGGGAGGAGAUGAGCCAGAACAGUUUUAUUAAACAGUACCUGGCCAAACAGCAAGAGCUCCUGCGUCAGAGAAUGGAGAGAGAGGCACGUGAGGCAGCGGAGGCAGAUGAUACAGACAGCCCUGCAGGCCCUGAGGAGGACGAUCACACAGCUGCCAACGACAGCACCUCCUGCCUGCCAGACAAGCAUCAUGUAGCAUCUCGGCCUUCUGUGCCUGAGGAUGGAGGAGGUGAUCAGCUGGGUCCACAGGAUCCAGUUGCUUUGGGAGGCCACAGGCUGGACGCAGGCACUGCCUCAGUAUCACAUGACUCCUCUGAUGUCCCCACAGCCAAGAUCUGGCGACCCUCUUUUUCCCAGGAGGAGGUUGCCACUCCAUCCCCUCCCCGUGCAGUUGCCUCUCUUUCUGUGCGUGUUGUUGGUCAGCCAGAACGACAGGGCGUACCCCUAAUUGUCCCACGUCCACAACAAAGAGAAGGAACUGCCCCUGUAGAAGCAGGCCCUGCCCAUCCAAUGCCACAGCUCAGCCAGUCGGCACGCACUCAAGAGGACAGUGAUGAUGACGACGAUGAUGACGACGAUGAGAGCGAUGAGGACGACAACUGGGGUCCUAUAUCUCGUGGAAGAAAGAACAUCCACACACCACCAGCACAGCGGUCGCGGCGCAAGCUUCAGCCUCCUCAACACAUUCCACCCCAUCAUUCUCCACUGCAGCUCAGACAACCCACUCCUCCUCCCUCACCACCACCAGAGCUCUCUUUCCCCCUGCCAGACACCCCCAAACAAAGUCCCCCAGAGCAGGACGAACCUGAAGCCCCAGAAGGAGCUGCCGUGUCCUCUCCAGUUUCCCUGCAGAGACAAGAGUCAAGCUCCAGCUCCAGGUCCAGCAGCCCUGAGCCUCCAUCCCAGCGUAGGCCUGGGCCACUCAGUCUGCUGGUGCGCAAGAUGGAGUCUGAGGGGGCUUUUGAUGGUGGGCAGAAGAAGGAGGAAGAGGAAGAGGGAGACGCCACUGCGGCAGCAGAAGAAGAACAAGCUGAGGCUGGACCUGGGGUGCUUGUGUUCACUAGAGGAGUGACUGAAGAUGUUCACACCAGUUGUGAUUCUGAGGUGGUUCCUGAUCAUCAAGAUUCACCCCAAGAGCAGCUGCCUGAGGAGCCUGAGUCUCUACCCACUAUACCCUCAAUCACAGAAAGCAGCCCUCUGGGGUCAGUGGAGAUGAAAGAGGCUGAGGGGGAACAAGAAGAAAGUUCUCAGCCGGAUGAAGAAGAGAAGGAAGAAGACGUGGAGAGCUGUAGUGAUGAGAAAGUAAAGGGGAAGGAGACAGAGGAGAGCUUUAAUGUAUCAUCAUGGAAACGUGAGCGAGCGGAAUCACCGUCUCAGGAUUCCGCCGACUUUCAGCAUCGAUCACCUCCUCCCUCCCCACCUGCUCCAGCAAAACGAGCACGCAUCUUUUCUGAAGUUCCCCCACCCGAAUGCCUCAUGUCUCCCUCCAAACAGGAGCAGGUGUCUGUCCUUGUGUCAGCACAACAUCAUGCAGAUGCAGAUGUUGAAAUGGAGACAGAAGCUCCAACUGUUUCUCCUCAGUCCUCACCUGAAAAGGAGCAUGACAAGGAGAUGAAAGAGGUGGAAACAGAUCAGCAGGAACCUGCAGAGGCAGAUGAAGCAACAGAAGACAUUAACAAGCCUCCUUCAUCACUUCCUCCAUCUCCACCCUCAAAAGAUAUGAGAGUGGAGAGAGAAAGAGAGAGCUCUGAAGAGAACGAAAGGGCAAGAUCCACAGAGGUAGAUGAUGAGAGAUCCGUAGAAAGAGAAAGGGAGAGAUCGGUAGAAAGAGAAAGGGAGAAAUCCGCUGAGAGAGAAAGUGAGAGAUCUUUGGAGAUAGAAAAGGGGGCAUCUUCAGAGCAAACAGACAUAUCUGCAAAACAAGAGACAUCUACAGAGAGAGGAAGAGAGGGAUCUGCAGAAAGAGAGAGAUCCGCAGACAGAGGUAGAGGGAGAUCUGCAGAACGAGAGAGAUCUACAAAGAGAGAAAGAGAGAGAUCUGCAGAACGAGAGAAAUCUACAGAGAGAGGAAGAGAGAGAUCUGCAGAAAGAGAGACGUCUACGGAGAGGGAAAUAGAGAGAUCCACAGUCAAAGAAAGAGAAAGAUCCACAGAGAAGGAAAAAUCACCUGAACGACACUCCUCCCCCUCCAGCCAGUCAUCCUCCGACUCUGACUCUGACUCCGAAUCUUCUACAUCCAGUUCCUCAGGCUCCUCCCCACAGGACAAACCCAGCCCACCCAGUCAAAAUAAGGAUGAAGAGAAGAAAGUCAGCAGCUCAGAUGAUGCAGCAGAGCAGCUCCCUGAUGCAGCUGACAAGGAAGAACCUAUGAGGUUAGCUGCUACAGCUAGUCACACAACACGCAUAUAUACACCCGAAUGUUCUCCAAAUAGGGAUGUAAAGCAGGCCACGGUUGCCGAACCCACAGGUCCCGUCUCUAUGGAGCUCCAGGAACAGCCCGAGUCGGAGAGUGCACUGGCUCAUCCUGCCUCACAGGAGGCGCCUGAGACCAGCGAGUCCCGUUCUGAUGAGAGCACCACUCCAAAAGCGUUUGCUGCACGCAAGAUUUCACUUACGACUGCUAAACCAGAAGGAGCUGCAGUGGAGGCGGAGUCUGGGGGCGGAGCUGGCAGGAAGAGGAGGUGGGGCUCCAGUACAGCAGUCACUGCCAAAAAGCCAUCAAUCAGCAUCACCACUGAAUCGCUGAAGUCUCUAAUACCAGACCUGAAGCCACUGCAAGAGGCUGUGGUGGACCUGCACCCUGAUGAGGGGCGUUUCUCCGGGGAUGAGGACUCGGGUCAGCAGCCUGAGCGUGACGAGGACCAGGGGCUUCAGAUCAGACGUACUGUAACACAGGUGGUUCCAUCUGAAAGUCAAGAGAAUGGGCAGAAAGAAAAGGAGGAGGAUGAAGAUGAGGAUGAGGAGCAGACAGAAGGAGAGAAAGAGAAACCCCCCAAGAAAACGAGGAGGGAGAGCUCAUCAGAGGUUGCCAUGGAAACACAGGAGGGUGACACUAAGAAGGUGACCCCUAACGACUCAGUGGUGCGGCGCUCCAUCAGUCAGCAGAAAGUGGCUGUGUCCAUCACCAUAGAUGACCCAGUCCGCACAGGCCGCCAGCUCUCACCUCCCCGUGGCAAAACAUCCAACAUCAUCCACAUCUGUAACCUGGUUCGCCCAUUUACUUUAGGCCAACUGAAAGAGCUGUUGAAUCGGACCGGUACCGUGGUGGAGGACGGCUUCUGGAUCGAUAAGAUCAAAUCCCACUGCUAUGUCACUUACUCCAGUACAGAGGAGGCUGUCGCAACACGUGAAGCUCUUCACGGUGUGAAAUGGCCCUCCAGCAACCCCAAAGUGCUCAGAGUGGAAUUCUGUGAGCAGAAGGAGCUGGACUUCCACAAAGGGCUGCUGACAGGUGAAGAUCCACGAGCCGUUGCAGCUCCGACCCGCCCUGCCGCCCCACCUCCACUCGUGCCCCCGACCCGAGAAAAAGAACGGGAGCGAGAGAGGGAAGGAGCAUCAGCGAAUGUGAGAGACCAGUGGGCCGAGAGGGAGCGAGAGAUGGAGCGUAGGGAAAGGACACGCUCUGAGAGGGAGUGGGACAGGGACAAAGUGCGAGACUUCAACAGGGAUGAACGGGAAGCGGCCAGGAGAUCACGGUCACGUGACCGGGACAGGAGACGCAAGGAGCGAGGAAAGAGCAAAGAGAAGAAGUCUGAGAAAAAAGAGAAACCAGAGGAACCUCCUGCCAAACUCCUGGAUGAUCUGUUCCGCAAAACCAAAGCAGCUCCAUGCAUUUAUUGGCUGCCACUUACUGAAGAACAGGCGACUCAGAAGAACCUGGAACGAGCAGAGAGAAUGAAAGAGCGGGAGAAGAGGAGGAAGGAGCUGCAGGAGGAAGAGGACAAGAAGCGUGAAGAGGAGAGGAAGGAGAGAGCGCGUGGCCGUGAGCGAGACAGCGGGAACGCGGUGAGCAGUGGAGGAGGCUCGAGCCGUCCAGCUGAAGGAGAGAAGGACAAGGAGAGGGAGAGGGAAAGAGAGAGGGAGCGUGAUCGGGGUAGAGAGAAGGAGGGAGAGAAAAGGAGAGACAGCAACCGAGGCAGAGGCAGCGACUCCAAGCCAGCAGGGGGCAGCAGACGCUCACGAAGCCACAGCAACCCCUCCAGGGACAGACGACGUUGAGAGCGUGUUUGUGUGUGAGAGAGAGAGAGCACCAAUGCAAGCGUGUGUUUGUGGUCCUUGGAGGAACAGAUGGAUGCCCUUUCUUGCUGACUGAGGCCCAACUACGAAGCAAAAGUUCCAGCCCUGAAAAUCGUUGUUUCAUAUGCAUACACUUUGGUAGCAUCACACAUUCAGUCACAACUGCUGUACAUCCUUCUUUCAGGACUUUCAAAACUUUUUAUUUUUCAAUUAGUUCCAUUUUUGUGUUGUAGUAAUCUUUUUUUUUUCUUUAUUUUUGUGAUUUUGCAGUUAAUUACUGUUUCUUUGGUCUUAAACAGAUUUGCAUCAAGGGCUUGUGCAGAUUCAUUUCCUCAUAAUCACACAUUCUCACACAUGGACAAGGCUAGACCAUCAGCAGGGUGAUUAUUUUUAAUGCAUCCCCCCCUAACUUUUUUUUUUUUUUUUUUUAAAGCCCUUGAAUAUUUUUAUUUAUAAAUUGUAAUUGGAGUCAAGCUUGCCACAAAUAGCUCCUUAUAAAAUAAUUCUUUUAUUCGUCCUGAGACUUUUUUAAUUAUCUUUGGUUGACCAAAAUACCCCCAAAUAGUUAUGGCCAUAGAUUCGGGUUAAUUGUGGUGUGUCUGGGUCACAGCCUCACCCUCUCGGACCCUGAUGCACUGAACGGCUGACUACUACGUACCUGUCCGGUGUUAACUCUAGAAAGGUGCUGUUAUGAAGGAUAACAAGUGUUCAACACGUCUCGUCUCUCCCCCGUCCUACUGCUGCCUCCAUCCUUGCAUUUCCCUGUGUUCUCCUGUUGGGAGUCUGUAAUCCUCUCUGUUCUUUAGUGUUGUACUCCGAGAUCCAGAUAAGGGAGAAAACUAACAGUUAUAGACAAGAGAGGAAUGAUACAUGUUUUAAUGAUGUUUUAACUUUCAUUUUUUUAUUUUAGUUUGAAAAAGAGAAAUUCCUAUUUGCUUUUUGAUUAUUUUUUUUCUGAGUAUGCCGAAUGUAAAAAGAAUAAAAAAGUGAUUAAAGGAAA